AUAGCAACCGCCAAACUUUUCCCACGUGUGGACCCCAAACUCCACCCCAGAAUCGUGAAGACCGCCAGCUAGCUAUCAUGUCGUCGUUAUCUCCCGACGUGGAAGGGCCCGAAGCUGCCGCGAGAAAUCUAUGUCAGAAACUCACCUUCAUGAGAGGUCGCACGCCCAGUGUGUCAGCCAUAGCCCUAAAUGGUGAUGUGAAAUUGGUUGAGAAGUUUCUAAGUGAGACUGUAGGGCUGGAAGAAGAGCUCUCCUCAGGAGAUACUGAUGCAAUCCAGCUCUACAUUGCCAGCUUCUGGGGGUUCCCGGAUGUAGUAGGUUCACUGCUGGACCGAGGAGUUAAUGUGAACCAUGCUAACCCAGGCACUCUGUGGACACCACUACAUGCUGCAACAUUUCAAGAGCACGGCAAAGUUGUGAUGGUAUUGCUUGAAAGAGGUGCCAAUCCUGACCAGAAAGACUCAAAAGGAAGGACUCCUAAAGAUUUUGCUUCCGCGUCUGUAAAGAUAUGGCCUCACCUUGCUGCUCUAGGGUAUUCACGCUCUCCAAAAGAUGAUCUCAUUGCCAAAGGGAUUAUCAAAAAGGUCGUCAUAUCAUCAUCAUUGGGUGGGCGGACACACCCGGAACCUAUAAUUACACGAGUGUCAGCCUACACCAGACCAGGAUCAGCGUAUGCGAUUCAGAGCCCUAAAUCUACUUCUCAGACGAGUAAGGCACACAUGAGCAGUGCAGCCAUGGCAGCCUGUCUCAGUGGAGAUGUACUAGCAACCCAAGACUAACUUUAUGACUGUAACACAGUGGUAAACUCAUGCAUAUUCAUUUUUAUUCUCAUGUCAUCCUUUAGUGACUUAUACUCUGUGUUGGUUUGUCGGUCCGCAGCGCUAUUCUGCCUCUACUUGCUAGGCAGAGGACAAUGUGCGAUACUA